CACCUUCUGUGGACCAUCAUAUUCACGGACGAUUAAGAUAUUUGGCAGAGCGUAACUUUGAAUCAAAAUGGCAACGGACGCUGCUCCACCUGCGCGCCAGCCUAACCGGGUCCAGGUUAGCACCAAUAAAAAGCCACUGCAGUUCUAUCUCAACCUUAGUCGUCGGAUCAUGGCGGAGCACGGGGAGGUGGAGUUGUCGGCUCUUGGGUUGGCCGUCUCGAACAUGGUCACUGUGGCCGAAAUUCUCAAGAAGGAAGGCUGGGCUGUAGAAAAGAGCCUUCGCACGGGCUUGGAGACGCUGGAGGGCGAGCAGCGCAGCGUUAGCAAACCCAAGAUGGAGGUGGUGUUGACCAAGUCACCAGACUUCGACCGGCUGUUCGCGGAGCACCCGCCGCCUCCUCGGGGGCAAAGGCAGGGCCCCCCCGCCGAGGCUGCGGCGGCGUAAGCCUAUGCGGGUGGUAGCACCCUAGGCCAGAUGGUAGAUUUCCUGAGCGAUCAGCGAGGGGAUGUUUUACUGUCCGAACGAAAUUCCAAUGUGGGUCGGGGUUUCACACUCUCAGUUUUGAGACCGAAUGGUCCCCACUCAUUCGGUCUGCGGGCAGCAGGUUACCCUAGAGGAUAUAGUAUUCGCGGAGGGCAUUUCGCAGCGGCCUGCGGUAACGGAAGCAGGCGGUAGGAGGGUGGGUAUGUCUGGGGUGCGCGACCGUAGGGUGAUGCAACAGGGAGGGCGGGGACCUGCAUGCAAAUGGAAGAGAGAGGUAGGGCUCCACGUUGGCGAGAGGUAAUCGGCGUAGGAGGAGAAGAGCAGAGGCAUCCGGAAGAGGGGCGCGUGCACUUGUCAAGAACCAACAGAAGAACAAGUAGGUUGGUGCUGCUGCAUUUGGUGCAUAUGCCGUCCAUGCGUGGAGGGCACGCGGGAGGUGAAGGAGGAGGAGGCUCUGGGGGCGUUGCGUGCGGGCCGAGGUGUUGCUGCUGCUUGUGUAGUGGAAUGAAUUGGUCAAGAGAGAGGUGAUG